CGGAGGAGGAGGAGGAAGACGACGACGAGAAGGAGGAGGAGGAGGAGGAGAUCCUUAUUGAAGAAGAUAUUCAAGGAGAACCCACAACACCACCACCCACCGUUAAUGUUUAUAGUAUCAAUAUCAAAGACGUUGUCCCUGUCGUCAAUGUUGUGGAAUCCAAUCCAAUCCAAGUCGAUCGAUCUGCAUAUAUAGCAAGAGGCUACAAUAAUAAAAUUCAUAAUAAAGUGAAACUGGUAAGCCAUCGUCAGCGGUAUACGUCAUAUAUCACCGCUAUCCAUCCCAAGGAGGACCAAGUCAAGGCAAAGCAAAUUGAAACAAAUCCAAAGAGUAAACUAGACGAACAAAAGAUCCAAAUAGGCAAAGGAAUAGAAGAAGCAGAAGGAAAAGGACACCAGAGGAAACUAUUUGAAAAGUAUCAAGCAAUCGUGUCAAGGAAUAAGGAAAAUAGAUAUAUCACACGUUACGAAUCGAUACCGGCCAGCCACAAUUCGCAGAGUCAAAGUCAGCUGAAGUCGUCCGAUAAGAUCACAGAUAAAAAUAAUCAGCCAGUCAUUCAAAAGAACCGAAUCAUCGUCCAGUGCAGUAAACCCGAAAAUAAUUUAGUCAAAAAAAACUUCUCAAUUCCGAGCAUUCCAAAUCGCCUUAAAAGAGUUGAGACAUUCAAAAAGGCUCAAGAGAUCUUAGCCAAGAAACCAGAGCCCGAACCGGCAAAAGAACCAGAACGACCACAGUUGCCAUUAGCCAUUAUAUAUCCGCGACCUGAGGCAGUGAAAAGAGCUGCGGAAAUCGAGGAAGCUGCUAGAAAAAAAGCAGAAGAAGAAGCAGCAAAACCAGUAAAAUUCUAUCAGGCGAUAUUCUAUCCACCAGGAAGACCACCAAGACCACCAAGACCACGAACGCCGCCAAGGACAUUGCCCAUUGCGAUAUCCUUUUCAGCUGAGGCACUUGGUUUUCCUGGAGUAAGGCCAGCCAACGGGGUACCAACAAGCGAUCAUCAGGAUACCAAAAACGAUAUUCCAUUGGCGAUAUAUUACACAUCAGAGGAGGAAGUCCGUCAAGCGGCAUCAAAGCGCGCUGACGUGGAACAUCAGACAAAGGUUCAGGAAUUGGCAGCAGAGCAAUAUAGGGCCCGACAAGCGGAAAAUUUAAGUAAAUUUGGGGUGCCGGCGUUUAAUCCGCGUUUAAAUCGUGGUGUUUACUUUAACGAUUCUUCUUCGAGUCCUGUGGCAUCGGCGGAGGACAGCAAUGAUAUAACUGAAUUGGAUCCUGAUUUCGACGAUUCUUUAUUACCCCCUGAAUUUCAGGACUUUAUGAAUAAGUUUCUUGUGGAUGAUAACAAACAAGAAGAUUCUGUAGAGACGCCAUUGGAGGAAAACAACAACGACACAACGGCUACCAGUAAAUCCCAAUCACAGUCCUACCCCCUAACCGGUGGGCUAAUGCAAAACGAUAUGGUUAGCAUACCAGCGGCCAAUUUAAAUGGCGGCCUUAAGGCGGCUUCUUCGAAUGCGGGAGCCGGAACCGGCGGCGUCUCAUCGUCGGUGUUGGCCAAUGCCCCACGUGUCUAUCUAACGUCCGCCUCAACAUUCAUGGCCAAUAGACAGUCAAUGGCUGUUACUGGCGGCACAGCGUCGGUGGUUGGCAAAGUUCCAUUACCAAAUAUGGUUGGCAAUUUUAGCACCACAACAGCAUCAGUAACGGGAGUUGCUGCUGCCAUUGGGAGCACCACAACGACCGCCGCCGCCGCCGCUGCCGCCGCCGCUGCCGCCGCCGCCGCUGCCUCCGGUACAGCAGUGCGUUAUUUCUCGCAAUUUAGUAAACCAUCACCCGUCUCAACAAUGAAUGGUGGUACCACUGUGCCCAUGCCAAUAGCCAUGCCCGUGAAAUUACUCAACGGUGUCCUGGCAAAUGGCAAUAAACCAAUGAUAUUUUCCAAUGCCGAGAAGCAAGCAGCAGCUGUAACGGGGACAGGAACAACGACUAUUCUCAAUGGUGGUAAUCGAUUUAUGGUUACAAAAAUGGAACAUCCAGAUACAACAGCAACAGCGAUAAACAGCAGCGUCAAUGGAGACGGCGUGGAAGAAGGGACUGUGAUCAAAGAAGAAGAACCAUUAUCAGCGGAUAAGCAGCAGCAAAAUAAUCCAUUAGAGCUAACGACGGGCGCAAAAGCAAUCGAAGAAACUGAAGUUGAGCCCGAACUUGACAUUGUUAUCAAUAAUGUUGUCUGCUCGUUUAGUGUGCGAUGUCAUCUCAAGUUGCGGGAGAUUGCCCUGCAUGGAGCAAAUGUGGAAUAUCGUCGGGAGAAUGGUAUGGUUACCAUGAAACUGCGUCAUCCAUAUACGACAGCAUCCAUUUGGUCAUCUGGCCGUAUAACCUGCACUGGAGCCACAUCAGAGAUAAUGGCUAAAGUGGCCGCCCGACGAUAUGCCCGGUGCCUGGGCAAACUUGGUUUUCCCACACGUUUUCAGAAUUUUCGCAUUGUAAAUGUUUUGGGCACCUGCAGUAUGCCAUGGGCCAUCAAAAUUGUCAAUUUCUCGGAAAGGCAUCGUGAUAAUGCCAGCUAUGAGCCUGAAUUGCAUCCGGGCGUUACAUACAAAAUGCGUGAACCCAAAGCCACUCUGAAAAUCUUCUCAACCGGCAGUAUAACAGUUACUGCCGCUAGUGUGAAUGAUGUGGAAGCUGCCAUACAGCAUAUUUAUCCGCUGGCCUACGAGUUCCGAAAGCAACGUUCACCCGAAGAGAUGCAACAUAUGAGGGCAAAGCAAAAGCAAUACAACAACAAUAGCGCCGAUCCCAGUGAAGUGGAAGAGAUGCUCGCCACCCAGGCCAAAGUGGAUGGCAAGAAUGAUAUCUUUGUGAAUACAACCGCUGCCCAUACAAAUGCAACGACAGGAGCUAAUGCUGCUAGCGGCGAUGGCAGCUUUUUGAACACGACAUCGAUUCAUAAUAUGCAGCGUUUAAAGCAGUUUGAAUCAUAUCGUCAGAUGAUGAAUCAAACGCAAGAUGAACGACGUCAUGUACCCUUUACGGGUACAAACAAUGCGUCAUCAACUGCAUCCGCAACAGCAACAGCAUCAUCAACAUCGACGGGAGAAAGCAUUUGUGCCAAUGCCCGACGACGAGCCACUGAAUGUUGGGCAACCAAAUUGCAAAAUAAACGUCCGCGUUACAAUGAUCCAGGAUCACAGGAUACGGCAAAUGCCGGCAAUAUGGCACGCAAAUUUGGCAAUUCUUCUCCAGGAACUGGUGGUACUGGUGGUGGUGGAGUUGUCGGUGGUGGUGGUGGUGUAAAGCCGCAACAGCAGGCACUUAAAGCGCCGCUGACGGGAACAAUAACAAAACUACCAUCAACAACGAUAGCAGCAUCAGCAAUGGGAACAUUGCGUAGCAUUAACAGCGGCACUAUCAUCAGCACCUCCAAUAAUAGUAAAUCUUCCCUCGCCGCCGCCUCCUGCUCUACAAUUCCCGUUGAUGUUCUUCUUAAGCAACAGAAUAGCUCACGAGUACGCAAUGUGGUUCAGUUUAAUAAUAAACAGCCACAGCAGCAACAUCAGCAACAACAACAACAACAACCACAACAACAACAACAUUUGGAAACAGAACAUAGUUUCUCGCCAAGUGAUUUCCAUGUCGAUGACCUAAUCGAAGAGGAUGACGAUAUGGAAAUGAUGCACUAUUGAAGAUUUCAUUAAAAUGGAUUUUGAUUCAAACGAAGUAAACAAAACAAAAAACAAACCGUUGCCUAUGCCAAAUGAUUUAGGAAUUAGACAUACACACACACACACA